AUUUUCAGAAUGACUGAGUGAUGUUUUAAGCUACUUCCCUGCAGGAUGCGGAGUCACUUAGAAAGACUCGGCGAGUGCCCACAGUUGGCGUCGUGCUCGGAGGAAGCGCAGCCUGGUAACGACAGCCCACGAGCCCGUGACACUGCCGUCCCUCCAUCGCUCCGAGCUGGCACCCCGUGGCAGCAAGAAAUCCAGCCUAGGGAUUUACACUCCCCGGUUGUGAGACACUGUUCAUCUUCUGCAGCUGAGGCUCUGAAAUACGGGAGGACACUGCAUCUUCCUCAGGGACACGGGCAGGGGAGAGCUGGAGCCUCUGGGGGGCUCGGGAAGGAAUUGUGGUUGGUGGUCGCCUGAGGAACUUCCCUGCACCCCAAUGUUGCUCUGAAACGAGUCGUGUCCAACAGUCAGGUUUGGUAAGAUGCCUCAGGAACAGUACCCGCACCGGAGCACCAUGCACACCUCGGAAGGACCCCAGGUAUACAAAGUGGGGAUUUAUGGCUGGAGGAAGAGGUGCCUCUAUUUCUUUGUGCUGCUCCUAAUGAUUUUAAUCCUGGUGAACCUUGCUAUGACCAUCUGGAUUCUGAAGGUUAUGAACUUCACAAUUGAUGGAAUGGGGAACCUGAGGAUCACAGAAAAGGGUCUGAAGCUUGAAGGAGAUUCAGAAUUCUUGAAACCUCUCUACGCCAAAGAAAUCCGAUCAAGACCAGGCAACCCACUGUACUUCCAGUCCGCCAGAAACGUCACCGUGAACAUCCUCAACGAGAAGACAAAAGUCCUCACUCGCCUGGUAACAGGUCCCCAAGCAGUGGAAGCACACAGCCAAAAAUUUGAGGUGAAAACCCUCUCUGGAAAACUGCUGUUUUCUGCAGAUGACAACGAAGUGGUGGUUGGAGCAGAGAGAUUGAGAGUUCUAGGAGCAGAAGGCACAGUGUUCCCUAAAUCUAUAGAAACUCCCAAUGUCAGGGCAGACCCCUUCAAGGAACUAAGGCUGGAGUCGCCCACGCGCGCGCUGGUGAUGGAGGCUCCCAAGGGCAUCGAGAUCAACGCCGAGGCCGGCAGCCUGAAGGCCACGUGCAGGACAGAGCUCAGGCUGGAAUCCAAAGACGGAGAGAUAACGUUGAAUUCUGCAAAAAUCAAACUACCUAACUUGCCUCAAGGAUCUUCCUCUUCUGCAGGGUCCAGGCAAAAAAUCUACGAGCUCUGUGUGUGUCCCAACGGGCGGCUGUUCCUGUCGCAGGCGGGCAGCAGCUCCACCUGCCAGAUCAACACCAGCGUCUGCCUCUGAGGGACAGCUGCAGCGCGGCGUGGCAGGCAGCACAAAAGCCAGUUCUGGUCUCACAGAUCCAGCUGCCAACUAUUUUUACUAGAACACAGA